AUGACUUCUCAAAUCGAAAACGAUGAUCUUUUUGAUGAAAACGAGGAAAAUAUUCUUGGAAAGAAGAGACGAAAAAAGCCAGCGAUUGUUGUUCCACUUGGCGCUCGGAAUCGAGAUUCGCGGUUGAAAGACGAACAAGAUGAGGAAUCGAUUCGAAUCGCGUUGCUAUCGUUUUCACAACGAAUUGCCGACGAGAGAAAUGCGCACAAUUUUGAGGAAGAAGGACAGAGACUCGGUCCACGCAAUUCAUUCGAGGAAUUCCUUCUCAGUUGUCGCUGCGAACUUUAUGAGUACGAUGAUGGAUUCUACUUUUUUCUGUCCGACAAUGGAACACACGCGGAGUUGAUCAAAACGUUUGAUGGGGUUUUCUCGAAUGAUCAAACAAAAGUUUUCACUCUUCUUCUCAAAGCGAUUGAUCGAUUGUCUGAAAACAGUGACUCUACAAAUGAACGACUUGGGUUAGCGUGUGUGGCUCAAUUGCGAUACCUUGAUUUUGUCGUUGAUUCGAAGAGGAUUUCCAAGGCAAUCGUUGAACAAGAUCUCACAGCAUGGAGAAUGAGUGUUCGUGAUGGAUUUCUGGCAGCACUUCCAGAGGUGAUUGCUGAUCCGAUUUCACAGGAAGAAAUCGCUUUGCAUCUUCAAGCUCUGCUUAUUGAAAGGACUUCAAUAUCUAGUCGUUCAUCUCGUCAUUCUGCUCUCUCUAGUCUCCUAUUGCUUCGUUCCGAUUCUACCGUUGCUGAAGAGAUAUCCUCUUCGCUUAUCAAUGCCAUUGAAAGCUUCGACGCUUCAUCUGUUCUUUUGAUUGUUGAAUUAGCACUGAAAUCUUCCGAGCUUAACAAGAAUGGUUUACUCCGGACAUUGAAUCGUUUAAAGGAGAAUCUUCGAGUGGAAUCCUUUGAAAACAUCAAAAGAGGAUUCUAUAUAGUAUUCAAGCGUCUCCUUUCUCAUCUAGAGGGCACUUCAGCAGAAGCUUCAACCUGUUUAUCGGCUCUCGAAGCAUUGAUGAAGACAUCUUUCCAAGUACUCGCAUCUCAUACUGACGAAUUGCGAGAGUGCUUGAAUAAGUUGUCAUUUUUGACAAUUGAUAGCUGUAUUCGUCUUUAUCGCUUGUUUGUCUUCAUCUACACGAAAGGCGCACAACAAAAGUUGAAGCAAGAAGUUUGCGAUUCAAUUGAUCAUUUCUCAAAGUCUACCGACAGUCGUUUACAACUCUGGGCUCUUUUGGGUUUAAUCGCCCAGUUUGAAGCAACAUUUUCCUCCGAAAAUUCGGACCGAGAAACGGCAAUGAAGCAACUUUUGAAAGCGAUCGAUGAAAUUUCUCAAAAAGAUCCACAUCUUCGCGCUACAUGGUUCCUUUCUAUGGCAAAGAUUCUAAAAGAGAAUCGAAAAAUUUCCGUUCCAAAACAAUUACUUGAAUGGACAAUGAGAUUAAUCGAGGAGUUUCAAAAGGAUUUCUUCAAAGAUCGCGGCAAUAACUACAAUGGACAAAGUGAACUCGAAGGAGAAGAGUAUCGAUUGAAAUCCAAAAUCUGGAUUGUUGUUAAACGAGAGGAAUGGCCGAUUUUCGUUCCAAUGUUGGAAAUGUUGCAAGAGUUUUUGCACGCCGAAGAGAGAUGCUUAAAAAAGAACGAAAAUUGCUCAAAAAUGAUCGACGCCAAGAUAUUGGAUUUGAUUUUUGAUGCAAAUUUUGCAAUCAAGCAACACUGUGAUGUUGAGGAAAUGUCAAUUCCGGAAGUCAAGACCGCGGCCGAUGUUCUAUUUUACACAAUACAUGCGCUCACUACAAUUCUCAACAAUUUUGGAUCAUCUUGCAAUGAAAAAUCAGCAAUAUUGCAUAAGAAAUAUCGUUUGCUGAUCGCCUGUCAAUCGUUGUUGUCUGCUUACAUUUCAAAUAUCACGGAAUGGGAAGUACCAAAAGCAAGCUUUGAACAAAAGAAAACUCAGAUUGAUAGUCUUUCAAGCGAAACUCGUGAAAGUGUUUUACUUCUAUUGAUCGAUAUUGUGAGGAUUGCAUUGCCAAAGAAGGAAAGAAGAAACAGUCCAUUCAAUAAUUCUUCCACAAAAAUCGAUCCAUUCUAUCACGGUGAACCGUCUAAAAUUUGGAAAUUCAUGAUGAAAUCAAUUCCGAGUGCGAUGAAACGGGAAUGGUUGAAAGAGGCGCACAACACUCAAAAGAGUCAAACUUCUGCUCGUUUCUCUUCAAAUUCUGAAUACUUUGUUGGAAUGCUAAACUCAUCUCAAAAUCUCGGUAACUCGAUCACUUGCAAACUCGUCAUUGAGUUGUGUGAGGUUUGUCCUUCUUUGGAAGUGGCUGUGAUUUUGAGCGAGUUAGCCAACAACAUUUCGGAUGAAAGCACGGAUGGGCAAAGAGAAGUUCUUGGCCUUCACCUCCUUUCAUUCCUUCGUCGCGAAUGGGUCGAUAUCGAUUAUAAACCAUUGAAAGCGGUUCAAUUAAACGCAUCCGUCUUUAUUCUAUUCCAAAAAUACAUUUCGAUUCGAGAAAAAGCGCAUCGAUUGGUGGCUUUAGAAUGGCUGACUUUGGUCAAAAUCGCUCAAGUGUUGAGCCGCCACACGAAUCGGCAAGUCACAAAUUCGAUCGACGAUCCUUUAAUCAAAGAACAAUACAAUAACACUCCAUUUGGAUGUAUUAACAAAACAACUUUCACCGGGGUUUAUCGAGCGGCACUCUCGAGUUUGAAUGAAUGCGUAAACGAGAGUUGGGCCAAGUCUAAUAUGCUUUCUUCUCGAAUUUCCACCCCGACAGAGUGCAUCGAAAAAUGGGCACAAGCCGCUGGGAUCUUUGCCGCAUUGGCUGCAAUGCUUGAACACAAAUCUCUUCGAAGCACCGCUAUGUUGAUCGCGUUUGCACGUGAGGGACGCAAAUUUGUGCUCAGUUUCAUCAAGAAUAGCUCAUUUUUCGAAGCAUUCGAGAAAUUGAAGGUGUCCGAGAAAGCCCACCGAACGCUUAAAGCGAUGCAAGUUGGCAGCCGACAUUUGCAACAAAUUAGCAUCUAUGCAAAGCAACACAAAUCCCCAAUUUUGUUGCGAGCACUUCCCGAAUUGAGAGCAUGUGGUGAGAGUUUCUUGCGCACAGUUCGCUCGAUAAUGGUCAAAAUUGGCUGCGAGGAGACGAUGGUGUUCGGACUUUUGGUCGCUCGAGAUAUUGAUGGUGAAAAGAUUGUUUCUGAUGAGGCUGAAGAUGGAAAUGAAGAUGGAAAUGAAGUGCCAACACCAGGGGAAACGAAUAACGAGGAAACAAGCGAAGUAAACGAUGAGGAUAGUCGAACAAGUGAAGUGUAU